UUCAACUAUACGUAGGUAAAGGAUAAUCUUUUGAUUAUCCAUGCCAUGCAUGAUGUGUGCAUAACAUCGCCAUUUCAAGUUUAAUGGUUAGUUUGGCCGCAUUACGUCAAAGUUUUCGUCGCUUAAAACUCAACGAGACACAAAUUGGACAAUGUUUCAGGCUCUUACAUGAAAACUCCAAGUCAAAUAGCGGCUUGGCAACACCGAAUAAAAGGCAUAUGUUCUCUAACUUCGAGGAAAGUUCUUCUGAAAAGUUUAACCAACAAAAGCAAACUAAUGAGCGACGACCGUUUACUUGGAGAGAGUACCUCAUGUUAACGACUUCCAUCGUUGGUUUAUGUACAACUUGUUACUAUCGUUUUGACUCUACGAAGAUAUUUGAGGAUAUUGAAACGUUACUCGAUAAGGUUUCCUUUCAGUUCAAUCAAAAAGUGAUCUCUUCUCUGAGAAGAAAGUUUCUACCAGAUCCUACACAGUUGGCUCCGGAUGGCUUACCUCGCCGAACACUGGUGCUUGACCUUGAUGAAACUUUGGUUUAUUCACAGUGGAAAGCUUCAGAGGGUUGGAAGACUCUAGUGCGCCCAGGAGUAGAAACUUUCUUGGAGCAGAUGAGUCAUUUGUAUGAGAUUGUCUUAUUCACUUCGUCACUACCUGAACAUGUCGAUCCUAUCGUUCGACAAAUAGAUAGUGGAGGGUAUAUUUCUCAUGUACUUUAUCGAGACUGUAUCAAACGUGAAUAUGGCUAUAGUAUCAAAGAUUUAUCUCGACUGAAUCGUGAUUUGAAACGGACUAUUAUUGUAGAUAAUGAGCCUCAGUGUUUUAAAUAUCAACCUUUGAAUGGGAUUGCGGUUCCUUCCUGGAAAGGAAACGAAGAUGAUCGAUGUCUAUUUGAACUCACUUCUCUUUUGGAGUAUAUUGUGCGUCAAGAUGUUCCAGAUGUUCGAGAUGUGAUAGAAAAGUAUUGGCGAGGUGAAUUGGCUCUUUCAUCAACUGAAUUCGUAAGAUGAAGUUUUAUACAACUAUGAUGGAGGAGGAGAGUAGAAUGCAUUGAUUGGUUGUGGAAUUCUUUGUUUCUUUGAAUAGUUUUGAUUUAGAUUUUAUGGUUUUUAUUCUUAUCAUAAAUAUAACUUGGCCUUUCUUU